AUGUCCCCACAUCCGGAUGCCGCUCCGAGUCCAGCUCCGAAUCAGCCUCCGAAAACAACUCCGAACACCUCAGCAUCGCGCCAGAAACUUGCAAGGAGAGCCUGCGACUCAUGCAAGAUCCGAAAGAUUCGAUGCUCAGAGACACCCCCCUGCACGGGGUGUGCAGCCUCGGGGAUAGAGUGUACCUUUAACCGCCUACAAGCUACUCGCGGUCCUCGAGGGCUUCGAGCAAAGACCCUUGACAAGAUUGAGCGGAGACGUCGAGGCAAAGUUGAUAUUAAGUGUGUAGAUCGCAGUGGGGAGAAUGGGGACAGAGAACAACAAACUGAUGAGAUAACCUGCGUGGUUGACGUGCUUGACGUUUACGCUGAACGACUGUUCCCUAUCUGGCCUAUCUGCGAUGCUGCUGACCUGCGCAACAAGAUAAAGGAGAACCCUAGCAGAGAUGAUUCAGCAAGAUUACUGGCAAAUGCAGUAGCCUUGGCCACCAUUGCCCAGCUGAGACUGGAAACUGCAUGGCAGCCCAGCGUGGACAAGGUAGAAACCAGUGGGCUGAAUCAGACACUCGAUCUCCUUGACAGCCUUCGCAUCUCAUUCUUCUUACACAUAUACCACGAGAACGCUUCACCUGGAGGCACCAAGUCGCUUGUGUAUCUGCGCGAGGCCAUCACACAGGCUCAAAUCCUUCGGCUUGAUCGCGAAUCAACGUACGCAUCGCUCUACGAAGCAGACCAGCAUGUGUCGCGACGAGUUCUCUGGCUGCUGUUUGUCACGGAAAGAGGCGUCGCGCUCCUUCACAAACUUCCCAUCGUGUUGAAGCCCAACAUCCUGUUCCCAUGGUUUGGCGGAGCCGACGACCAGGCCGAGGUCCUGCCCGCCUUUCUAAAACUGGUUCAUCUAUUCUGGGUAUUCGAUCAAUCCGGAAUCUUUGAGAUUUUGCGAAAUGCAGACACAGACUCGGACAUUCCUAGCAUGGCGUCCGUGGCUCAGAGCUGUCUGGAGCUCCUCCAACAGAAGCUCCUUGACUCGGUCGACAACGACGACUGGGGCCCUGUCAAUCAAGUUCAGCGUGCAGACAUGUUUGUUACUCGACAGUGGAUGCGUGCUGUUCUUUGGAGGGCGUCUUUGCGCUUUGGGAUUGUCAUUCCGGGCAUGAAUCCGAUUGACAUUGCAAAGGACUUUUUGAGCCUGGUCUCUGAGCUUCCAAAGGCUGCACUUGAGUCUCACGGUCCAACUCUGGAGUUCAAGACGUUUGAGAUCGCUACGGCGGUGAUAGAUGCAAUGGCCAGCAAUCAUUCAGCCAUUCCAAUUGAUCAACCAGGGCCAAUCUUACACCGCCUGCGAGACAUUUUAUCCUCUUGUCGAGGAGGUAAUCGGACUCUCUUGUCGCUUCUCACGAUGAAGAUGGACGCCGUGUCUGGGUCGGGGCUUAUGCUUGAGACUCCGAACGACGAUGCCAUUGUCUUCCAGAUGAACACCCAAUCUGGAUUUGACACCGCUGAACUCUUGGCGAACCAGUCAAACAUUUCUAUGCCUACGUAUCAAUUCAUGGAGGAACAGGCGUCCCAGAUUUGUUGGCCGCCGCUAGACCUGGGAUAUCUCCUUUUGAUCAAAGAUCUUGAAGGAAGCAUAGCACUUUUGGACAUUCCUCAUCUGCCGUCAACAUCCUUCACAAUGGCUUGGGCUGAACCUCGAAACACGGGCAUGAUCUACCGCCGUCUCGGCCGGUCUGGGCUACAUGUUUCUGCCAUCAGUCUCGGCGGUUGGAUGACCUAUGGAGGUUAUGCUCAAGAUGAACAGGCUUUUGCUUGCAUGAAGAAGGCCUACGACCUGGGAGUCAACUUCUUCGAUACGGCCGAGAACUACACCGCUGGCGAGUCGGAGGUUGUCAUGGGCAAGGCUAUCAAGCAUUUUGGGUGGAAGAGAAGUGACCUGGUUAUCAGCACAAAGAUCAACUGGGGCGCCGUCAAUGGAGAGAUCCUGGUCAACAACCACGGUCUUUCGAGGAAGCACAUCAUCGAGGGCUUGGAGGCUUCACUCUCCCGUCUUCAACUAAAAUAUGUCGACAUUGUCUAUGCGCAUCGACCUGACAGAUUGACCCCCAUGGAAGAGACUGUGAGGGCCUUCAAUUUUGUAAUUGAUCAGGGCAUGGCUCUAUACUGGGGCACCUCUGAAUGGAGUCCCGAUGAGAUUGCAGAGGCUGUUGGCAUUGCCCGCGACCUGAGGAUGAUUGCCCCUAUCGUGGAACAGCCCCAGUACAACAUACUCGUACGCGACAAGGUCGAAGGCCAGUUCCAGCGUCUGUAUGAGCGUGUCGGUCUCGGCCUCACCACCUUUAGCCCCAUCAAGAUGGGUCUCCUCUCGGGCAAGUACAACGACGUCGUCGACGGCCAACCGCCCAAGGACUCACGAUUCGGAGCGAGCAAGGACGGGUUUGCCGACUUUAUGCGCGGUCGCAUGGGAAGCGACGACUGGAAGGAGGAGAUCGAAAAGGUCAAGCAACUGAAGCCCAUCGCGGAUAAGUUGGGUGUCAGCCAGAGCCAGCUCGCCGUUGCGUGGUGUCUGAAGAACCCCAACGUGAGCAGCGUCAUCACGGGGGCGAGUCGGCCGGAGCAGCUGGAGGAGAAUGUGGGAGCUCUCAAGAUCCUUGACAAGUUGACCCCAGAGAUUCUUGACGAGAUUGAUGCUGUAACCAAGAACAAGGUCACGCUUGAUCCUGCUAGGCAAAGCUAG